UUUUAUUCAGUAACGGAUAAGGUAUUGCACACAAGAGGCGGUGCAUGCGGAGGAACUGCAUGUAGUAAAUGCGGCGUCAGCGACUCUAGUGGCGAUGAUGGAAGCCGGUGGAGAGCGCGAGGAGGAGCUGAUCUCACUCGGUCAACGGCACGUCCACGGAGUCCACGUGUAGCCCGUCACUGACGCAAACACACGGGGCUGUGCUGCUCUCAUCAGCCGGGUGGGGUUCAUCAUGGAGCGACCGCUGACCGCCGCUGCGAGAGGUGUGACAAAGCGAUCCAGUGGAGCAGUUAAUAUGAUCACGGCACGGCUUGUGUUCUUGCUCAUCCUCCCUUCACUGAGUCUGUGUUCUCCACAACUUCAGCAAACUCUCAGUGAUGACAUCGUUGUACCAGACCUUGCAAAUCCUUUUGGCCCCAGCGAAGACAACCGCAGGCUCUUACAAAGCUACAUCAAGAGCAGCCUGAAGGAAGGACAGACCAGUCCAGAGCUGAACACAAGGGAACAAGAGGUAUUUUUCCUUUUCUCUCUGUAUGACUAUGACAGAAGUGGGCAGAUGGAUGGCCUUGAACUAAUGCAACUACUGACAGAUUUUCUGACUUCUCAUGAAAUGUUGCCAGAGUCUGCAGAUACUGUUGUAUCUUUGGUGGAUUAUCUGCUACAAACUCAAGAUGUGAACCAGGAUGGACUUCUGGCUCCUUCAGAGCUGUUAUCAUCCAUGAUAGACCAUAAGCAAGAAAACAAAUUUGUGCCCACUGAUCCUCCUGCGGAGGAAGCCUUAAACCAGGAGCAAACACAUACAAAAUCAGAGGACGGAGUUUCUGAAACUCACCAACAAGAUGCAGAAGACAACCAAGAGUCUGAACAUGAAAAUGGGACACAAGAUUCAGCCAAAAAAGAAAACAUGGAGGCUGAGAAUCACAACCAGAUAGCAUGAAGAACAUCAGGACUAACUGCAGCCUAAAAAACCAGUCCACCAAGAGCAACUAGAGAUGUAAUGCCAAAUUAAGCAUGAAGUACAACUUUAGAGACUUGUACAAAUUAGCCAUACACUGGAAACCACGUACCCGCUGCAUAAACUGAUACAUAAUUUAAUUCUGGAUAUGCUAAAAGUUAUGAAAGUACAAGAGCAUGCGUUACUGAUAUUAUAGAUGUUAUUGCAAACCCUCUGAACGGCCCGGUUCAAACUAUGCAAACCAAGUACAACUCAGAUUUGCUAAGAGACAACCCAGGUUUAGCAACUAUUGUUAGGUUUUCAAACUAAACUCUUGGCAUUUUCCUAUAUCCAGCCCCUCCUUGAGGGUUGAUGCCUCUGAAAUAAAAGUUCAAUUAGAAAUAGUUUAUUGAGCUUCAAUAAUGUUGCUGAAAACUUUAUUUUUCUGAGGAGCAUGCAAUAGAAUUUGGAUGGAUCAGGAUGUAAAUGGCUGAAGUCUUAAGUGUCUCAUGCCAUAAGGGAGUAAUUUAACCAUGCAGUUUUGCUGAACAGUUAAGCAAUUUGUACUUCCAAGGAGACCCACACACUACAUUUCCAGUACAGAUUUCUCAGCCUCCGCCAUCUUGAUUUCGAUUGAAGUGCAAAACCCCACAAUAUUUGCCUUUAGGUCCAAUAUUCCUUUUUCCAUUCUCUACCUAGUUAUAGUAGAAAACUUGAUGUUGCAAUUGAUAAAAAAAAAAAAAAAAACCUCAAGACAAUACAUACUUUGGUUUUAAUCUUUAUUACAUUUUAGACUGUGCAUUAAAAAAAAAUUAAACCAAAAUAAAAACCAUUCAACCUAGAUAAGCAAAUUUAAAAAAAAAGUCACAUUGGCCAAGGCAUCAAGUUGUGCUGAAAUCUUGUAAACUGGUCUAAAACUGACACCACAUGACCUCAACUAGUUAACAUUGAGAUGCAUAAAAAUGUCACGCCAGUUCGAAAACGUACCUGAUUGAGGAUCCCUGUCUAAAGUGAUUUCAUAUAAAACCCACUAAUUAAUAACAUGUAACAUGGCCAUAAAGGAUGGCAUUCAGCUUAAGUUGGAGACAUUCCGUGUCUGCGUUUUGAACGGGGUGCUCAUUUCAGCCCUCCCUGCAUUUCUUUUUGGUGGUUAGUGUGGGAUUCCAGCCACAAUUUCAGAUUCAAUGCCACAGUGGUCCUCA